AUGGCCAUUUCAAAUGUCCCCGGGCACGUAGCGGUCCUUGCACACCCGUCCUGGGACACUAUGCGGGACUCGCCCGCCUGUCCCGGGACAUGUGGCGGGCCUCGCCUGCCCGUCCCCAGAUGCGUGGCAGGCCCCGCCCGCCCAUCCCUGGAUGCGUGGCGGGCCCUGCCCGCCCGUCCUGGGACAGGAGGGCGGUGCCCGCCACGUUUUCCAGGACGGGCAGGCAAGGCCUGCCACGUGUCCCAGGACGGGCGGGCAGGGCCACUCAUGUGUCCCGGGACUCCCAGGAUGGGCAGGCGGGGCCCGCCACGCGUCCUGGGAUGUCGGGCGGGGCCCGCCACGUGUCCUGGGACUCCUGGGAUGGGCAGGCAGGGCCCACCACGCAUCUGGGGAUGUACAGGCGAGGACCGCCACAUGUCCCGGUACAGGCUGGCCCUGCCCGCCCACCACGGGACUCAUUGCGGGCCCCACCCGCCUGUCCCAGGACGUGUGGUGAGCCUCGCCCUCCUGUCCUCUGAUGUGUGGCGGGCAUCGCCCACACAUCCCGGGACAUGUGGUGGGCCUCGACCCCCCGUCCCAGGACACGUGGCGGGCCUAGCCCACCCAUCCCAGGACACAUGGCCAGCCUUGCCCACCAAUCCCAGUACGUGUGGUGGGCCUUGCCCGCACGUCCCAGGACAUGUGGCGGGCCUCACCCGUCCGUCCCGGGACACGUGGCGGGCGCCGCCCGCCUGUCCUGGGACAUGUGGUGGGUCUCGCCCAUCCAUCCCGGGACACGUAGCAGGUCUCGACCGCCCGUCCCGGGACACAUGGCAGGAGCUGCCCGCCCAUCCCGACAAGUGGCGGGCCUCACCCGCACGUCCCAGGACACAUGGCAGGCCUUGCCUGCAAGUCCCGGGACACCUGUCGGCCGCUGCCCGCCCAUCACGGGACACUUGGCGGGCCACGCCCGCCCAUCCCCGAACACGUGGUGGGCCCCACCCACCCAUCCUGGGACGCGUUGCGGGCCCUACCUGCCCGUCCUGGGACGCCCUGCUGGUCCCGGGAUGCAUGGCAGGCCUCGCCCGCCCAUCCCGGGACGCGUGGCGUGCCCCUCCCACCCGUCCCGGGACGUGUGACUGGCCCUGCCCGCCUGCCCCAGGACACAUGGUGGGCCCCGCCUUCCCAUUCCGGGACACUUGGCAAGCCCCACCCAUCCGUCCUGGGACGCCUGGCAGGCCCCGCCUGCCCGUCCCGUGA